UUAUGCAAUAGAAAGGUUGCAUUGGAAUUAUCGCAAAGGUUAAUCCCUAACGCAGACUAACAGGAUGGAAUAAAAGGUCAUGCGACUGCCGAUGUGCGUUCAUUCACGCCAGUGGCAAUUUACUGCAGGCGUCUCGCGUUCGUUCACUGAGGGACAAAAUGGACGUGUCAGAAGAAAAGGUCGAAGUAUUGCCUGGCGAUUUUGAAGCAUUGCUUAAAAAAGCUAUCGAUGAAUUAGGUAUAUCAGAAGAAACGUUUUCAAGUCUUUCUUCCAUCAAAGCGAUUAAAAAUGAAGGAAAGAGUUGGAGGCAAAAGCAUGGUGGGAUAUUGGUGGCUGGAUUUGUGUUCCUUGCCCUAGUUCUGGCACCAACAUUGCUUUACCAAAGUGCAUCCAGUGGAUCAAAAUUCGCAUCGCAUAUAUUUAAUGGAUAUUUCUCAAUUAUGGGUAAAGAAAUAAAUGAAGAAAUGUGUGUGCUUCCUCACACAGAGUGGUCUCAAGAUCCUUUCAGACCUCCAGUUAACUGUACCGAAUGCGCUAAUGUAUCUGGAAUACAUAAAGUCACUGGUUUGACACAUGCUGAGUUUCUAGAAAAGUAUGCCUUCAGCAUGCAGCCAGUAUUGAUAAAGGAUGGCCAAGAUGGCUGGACAGCAAGAAAUCAUUUCAGUUUUGAAUUUUUCAGAGAUGUUUACAAGGAAGGCUCAAAGGCAUUAGAAAAAGUCAAAAAUGAUUGCCAGUUUUUUCCAUACCAAACUGAAUUUGCAGAUCUUGGUGAAAUGUUAAAUAUGACCAGUGCAAGAGCUGAAGGAAAGGAAAAGCCAUGGUAUGUUGGAUGGAGCAACUGUGAUGGAAAAGCAGCCAAUAUUUUGAGGAAACAUUACAAAUUCCCAUACUUCUUACCACCUGAACUUGAUCAUAGUAAAACAGACUGGAUUUUCAUGGGGUUGCCCGGCUAUGGAGCAAACAUACAUAUUGACGCUGUUGGUACAUUAUCUUGGCAAGCUCAAGUGAAAGGAGUAAAGAAAUGGAUAUUAGAAGCACCCCCUGAAUGUGCUGGAAUAUGUGUAUCGAGUAUGGAAAUCAUUGUAGAACCUGGAGAUAUUAUUGUUCUGGAUACAAAUAAAUGGUUCCAUGGAACUCUUAUAUUGGGGAAUGAAACCAGUAUUGUUAUUGGAUCAGAAUACUACUAAUCUGGUGAAUGGAGAUUUUGAAGAUACCUUUCUGCUGUUAUAUCACUGAUACUAUUUAUCGUUGAUUUGUUUUUUAAAUAUUUCAAUCAUGUAGUCUACAAUGAGGCUGUGGUUUCUGAGAAAUAUCCCUUUCGACUCCGACGAUUGAACAGACUGACUUUAAAUUUUGUCUUCCAAUAUAUAAUAUAUACAGUGUGACCCAAAAAAACAGUAUAUAUAUAUAUACCCGGUAUUACUAAUUAUCCAAGACUUAAUCUUGGAAAUAGAGUAAAUGAAUUUUUUUGAAAUAAGUCAACUUUCAACUGCCUUGACUCCAAUUCAAGCAAAAAAUUCACAACUCACAGAUUCCAACCCCAUUCACAUUGCAUCACAUAUAGAUACACAUACGAUUAAAUAUUGUGUAUUUUCAAUUUUUUAUUCCUUGUAAUAUCAUUAAUACUAUUAACUAGAUCAUUACCAAUAUAUACCUUAUGAUAAUUCAGUCAAGGUAAACUGACAACCAUUGUUCUAGUUCUCUAAAUUUACCAGACAUCCAAUUUUUAUUUUGUAUAUUCUUAUACAUCAAUUGCAGUCAUUUUUAACUUAUCACUUUGCUGACAAGAGAUUAUUUUAUUUUGUUGAAGAGUUUUAUGGUGUCACAUGUUUUUAUUUUUAAACUUUCACAAUAUGUAUAUAAAAGUAUGUUAGUAGUGGUUUAAAGAAUUUUUACAACAGAUGACAAUUAAAAUUGGACCCAUCAAUAUUUCUCAAUAUAUAUAUUUAAGCAUAUCAUUUCAAAUAGCAUCAUUUGAAUUGGUCAUGUCACCAAGCACGAUCCUAAUGUAUUAGGUGUUAAAAUACAUAUUGACAUACAUACAUUAUUUUCUCCAAUCAUGUCUAAUGUUUUUGUUUGUAUGACAUAAAAAUCAUUUAUUCUGACUUAUAACCUGAUAUGCAAUUUAUUUAAAUGUGAACACAAUUUGUUGCUACUUAUUUGCACUCUAUUUGUAAAGAUGUUGAUAUAAUCGAGUUCUUAUGUCACUGUCUCUUGUCCACUAUUCAUACAUGUUUUUCUUGUUGUUUUGUCUCUGUUAUGUUGAUCUUGCCAUUUCUAUUGACGAACUGUUCAUUCAUUGAGGUAUACGGUAAUUACCAUUAUUAACACUGUAUGGAACCUGGUAAAAAAUUAUGCUGAAAUAUGUUGUUCUUUGAGUGACCAUGUACUUCUAAAGUAAGUUGAUAACCCUUCUUCGAUAUGGAAAUAUGUAUGCACCAUUGCUAGUCGACAAUAUGACCUGAAAGACCAUUGUUUUAUUUUUUUUGGAACAAAGUUUCUUUUUGAAAAAAAAUUUAUUGCUGUUUUGUCCUUUUUAUGCAGUUACUUUUAUCCAGAAUAUUUUACACAGAGUUGUUAAAUCAGUUGGGGACACUCGUGCAAUCAACCCUGUACAUAUUUUUAAUAUUGUGUUCAUUUCACUUUGGUGAUCAGUUUUUUCUUGGUGAAAUAAAACCAGAGUAAUUGUUAGAA